GCAAACAUAAACAAAAGAGAAGACAAAUAUUGUGCCGGCCCAAUAAACUUUAGUUUUACAUUGUUUUAGAUCAUAUUUAAGCCAUGGCCAGCGUUUCGUCGGCCCGCGAGUCCCUCUCCCAUGCACUGAACAACCGCUUCCUGCCCAAUCUCGAGUACUUGCUGCAGGGCUCCAUUCUAGACUCGGCCGUGGAACACUUGAUGCACAGAUUAAAAGGCCUGUGCGACAAUGUGGACACCUCACCGGAGACCUUUCACGACCUGGAGGUGUGCAUGAGCCUGCGCCAGCCCAACUCCAAUCAGCCGCUGUUGUUGAGGGUGCGACGCGCCCUCGGCCGUGACGCUCCCUUCCAGAUGCGCUACCUGGGCAACCCGGAGGUGGACCAGCGGCGACCCACACUCGUGCGCAGCUGCAUGGACUGUGCCUGCACCAAUGGCAUACUGGAGUUUCUCACAGAGAUGGGCUUUCGGCUGGAGUUCGAGUACAUAGCCAAGGGCUACAUGUUCCGAAAGGGCCGGAUGAAGAUCACCGUGUCCAAGCUAAUCAAAAUCGUGCCCGGCAAGCAACAGGAUAUGGCCAAUGAGCCCAUCUCGCAGAGUUACAUCGUGGAGCUGUCGGUGGUGGCGCCCACGGGGCAGGAGAAUGUCGGCGAGGAGAUGCGUGUGUUUGCGGAGCAGUUGAAGCCGCUGGUGCAGCUGGAGAAGAUCGAUUACAAGCGACUGGGCGGCAUGCCGUAGACGUAAUUAAUAAAGGUACUUUAGAUAAUCAUUAA